CCCGGAGGUUACACAAUGUGGCGUGGGACCUGCUUCAAGGCCUUCAUGACAAAGAAGACCUUCGACCAAGCGGCUGCGGCCUGUCGUGCAGACGGCGGCACCCUCGCCAUGCCCCGAGACGCCGAGACCAACGCCUUCCUCAUCUCCCUGUACAAGUCCGUGGGCGAGGAUUGGAACUUCUGGUUCGGCCUGCACGAUCGGCGCCGAGAGGGAAGGUUUGAGUGGGUGGACGGGUCUGCACUUGGGCCGUACAGCUCCUGGGGUCCGGGACAACCGGAAAACCGGAGGGGCGGCGAAGAUUGCGUCCUUUAUUCCACAUACAUGGAAGUCGAGUGGCACGACUAUCCCUGCCAUGAGCGGUUUUACUUCAUAUGCCAGACUGCUCAAGGUACUUAA